AUCAGUGAACAUCACCAACCACCCGUUACCAACAUCCCCGUCCCCGUCAUCUCUCACAUCUGCCACCCUCUCUCUCAUCCACGGCAACCCUCCGCCCACAAACGAAACCCACAUCCCCCCCCCCCCCCCCCCCCAAAACCUAGUGAGAGAGAGAGAGAGAGAGAUGAUGCAAUCUCGCUUUAACUCCCUAGCUCGCACCCUAUCAUCCGCCACAAGAUUAAGGCCCUUCUCAUCCACAAUCGAAUCCCCCACCACCAAACCCGAUUUCCCUCCCACCCUCGCGGGUCUCCGGGCCCGCCUGGCGGCCGAAUCGCCGGCCCUUACCGAUUUUAUCGGUCUCCAAAACGAUAACCAGUAUUCCGUCGAAGUCGGGACCAAGAAAAAGCCACUCCCCAAACCCAAAUGGAUGAGAGAAUCCGUUCCCGGAGGCGAAAAAUACGUUCAGAUUAAAAAGAAGUUAAGGGAAUUAAAACUCCACACCGUCUGCGAAGAAGCUCGAUGCCCCAAUCUCGGCGAAUGCUGGUCCGGUGGCGAGACUGGGACCGCCACUGCCACCAUCAUGAUCCUGGGUGAUACUUGUACUCGCGGUUGCAGGUUCUGCAAUGUGAAGACCUCGCGGACGCCGCCUCCUCCGGAUCCCAAUGAACCGGGGAAUGUUGCGGAGGCAAUUGCGUCGUGGGGUUUGGAUUACGUGGUGAUUACGAGCGUAGACCGGGAUGAUUUGGCUGAUCAAGGGAGUGGGCAUUUUGCGGAGACGGUUCAGAAGUUGAAAGCUUUGAAGCCUAAUAUGCUUAUAGAAGCCUUGGUUCCUGAUUUUCGGGGAGAAGCUGGUUGUGUAGUGAAAGUGGCAAAAUCUGGACUGGAUGUCUUUGCUCAUAAUAUUGAGACAGUUGAAGAACUUCAAAGUGUUGUACGCGAUCACCGUGCUAAUUUUAAGCAAUCUUUGGAUGUUCUAGUAAUGGCGAAGGACUAUGCUCCCGCUGGAACACUUAUGAAGACUUCAAUAAUGUUAGGCUGUGGGGAAACACCUGAUCAAGUUGUGAAGACAAUGGAGAAGGUGAGAGCAGCGGGUGUUGAUGUGAUGACAUUUGGUCAAUAUAUGAGACCAUCAAAGCGCCACAUGCCAGUAUCAGAAUACAUUACACCUGAGGCUUUUGAGAAGUAUCGAACUCUUGGCAUGGAAAUGGGAUUUCGGUAUGUGGCAUCUGGUCCCAUGGUCAGGUCAUCAUACAAGGCAGGAGAAUUCUACAUCAAAUCCAUGAUAGAAUCUGAUCGGGCUGCUGCUGCUUCAUAGUUUCUUUUUCUCUUAAUCAUUCUUACGUUUUAGUAUUUUAUUAUUAAACUGUUUGAGAUUAUGUUUUCCAGAAUGACUACCCUUGUUACUCAAUGUGCUUUAGCAUAUGUCACUCAAGGGAAUUAGUUGGGUAGGAAGAAAGUGAGAGAUAUAAAUUGCUUGGUGCAAACCAAGAUUUUGGUGCUCCCAGGUUGCAGGAUGUGCCACUAGUUCUGAUUCAAAUUUGUUCAUGCUGUAUACUCAAUUUCUUGUAAUUAUCAGCUACAGUUUAAGUUCUUUCUGAUCAAUGUCUUGUAUAAAUAUGCUUUUUAGCAUG